AUGGCUUCUAGCCGGGGCUCGGGCCGGAGCAGGCUCAGCCCCUUCGCCACCGCGGCCGGCCAGGCUGCGCCGGGACUGCGACUCGCCCCUGUGCUGCCCUUGCUGCUCCUGCUGUUGCCAGCUUCGGGAGGGUCGCGGGCCUUCCCCCGGGGGGCUGCGGGGCCGCCGCUCAACAGUCCACCCCUGUCCAUCAUGGGUUUGAUGCCACUCACGGACAAUGUGGCAAAGGGCAGCAUCGGUCGAGGGGUGCUGCCUGCCGUGGAGCUGGCGAUCCAGCAGAUCCGCAACGAGUCCCUCUUGUACCCCUACUUCUUGGACCUUCGGCUCUACGACACUGAGUGUGAUAAUGCAAAAGGGCUAAAAGCAUUCUAUGAUGCAAUAAAAUACGGGCCUAAUCACCUCAUGGUAUUUGGAGGAGUCUGCCCCUCAGUCACAUCCAUCAUUGCUGAAUCUCUCAAAGGAUGGAAUCUGGUACAGCUUUCAUUCGCAGCCACCACACCAGUCCUAGCUGAUAAGAAAAAAUAUCCUUAUUUCUUCCGAACUGUACCAUCAGAUAAUGCUGUAAAUCCUGCAAUUUUGAAGUUGCUAAAAUAUUACCAGUGGAAACGGGUGGGAACCUUAACCCAGGACAUUCAAAGAUUUUCUGAGGUAAGAAAUGAUCUCACUGGUGUCCUGUACGGUGAAGGUAUUGAAAUUUCAGACACAGCAAGCUUCUCGAAUGAUCCCUGCAAUAGUGUGAAAAAACUUAAGAGUAAUGAUGUUCGGAUAAUUCUUGGCCAAUUUGAUCAGAAUAUGGCAGCAAAAGUAUUCUGUUGCGCAUAUCAUGAAAACAUGUUCGGCAGCAAGUAUCAGUGGAUCAUUCCUGGCUGGUAUGAGCCCUCCUGGUGGGAACUGGCACAUUCUGAAGGCAAUCCAUCCCCCUGCCUCAGCAAAAAUCUUCUGGCGGCCAUGGAAGGUUAUAUCGGAGUGGAUUUUGAACCCCUCAGUUCAAAAGAGAUCAAGACCAUUUCAGGAAGGACUCCCCAACAGUAUGAAAAAGAAUACAAUGAUAAAAGAUCAGAUGUGGGACCCAGUAAAUUCCAUGGCUAUGCCUACGAUGGAAUAUGGGUAAUUGCAAAAACCCUGCAGAGGGCCAUGGAACAUCUCCGCUCCAGCAACAGGCACCAAAGGAUUCAAGAUUUCAACUAUACAGACCAUAAACUUGGCAAAAUCUUCCUGGAUGCAAUGAAUGAAACCAACUUCUUCGGUGUAACGGGUCAAGUUGUGUUCAGAAAUGGGGAGAGAAUGGGAACCAUCAAAUUUACCCAGUUUCAAGAUAGUAGUGAAGUGAAGGUGGGUGAAUACAAUGCUGUGGCUGACACAUUGGAAAUCAUCAAUGACACCAUCAGAUUUCAAGGUUCAGAGCCUCCAAAAGACAAAACAAUCAUCCAAGAACAGCUGAGGGAGAUCUCCCUUCCUCUUUACAGCAUUCUCUCUGCCCUCACAAUCCUAGGAAUGAUCAUGGCCAGCGCCUUCCUCUUCUUUAACAUCAAAAACAGAAACCAGAAGCUAAUAAAGAUGUCCAGCCCAUACAUGAACAAUCUCAUUAUCCUCGGGGGAAUGCUGUCUUAUGCAUCUAUUUUCCUUUUUGGCCUUGAUGGAUCGUUUGUCUCUGAAAAAACAUUUGAGACACUUUGCACGGUCCGAACCUGGAUUCUCACAGUGGGCUACACUACUGCAUUUGGAGCAAUGUUUGCCAAAACGUGGAGGGUCCAUGCCAUCUUCAAAAAUGUGAAAAUGAAAAAGAAGAUCAUUAAAGACCAGAAACUGCUGGUAAUUGUUGGAGGGAUGCUACUGAUUGAUCUCUGCAUCUUGAUUUGCUGGCAGGCUGUGGAUCCUUUAAGAAGGACGGUGGAGAAGUACAACAUGGAGCCGGAUCCUGCUGGCAGAGAUAUUUCCAUCCGUCCAAUUCUGGAGCACUGUGAGAACAGCCACAUGACUAUUUGGCUCGGCAUUGUGUAUGCCUACAAAGGUCUCCUCAUGCUGUUCGGUUGUUUCCUAGCUUGGGAGACUCGCAACGUGAGCAUUCCAGCUUUAAACGACAGCAAAUACAUCGGAAUGAGUGUGUACAAUGUGGGGAUCAUGUGUAUCAUUGGGGCGGCAGUCUCAUUCCUCACCAGAGACCAGCCGAAUGUGCAAUUCUGUAUUGUAGCAUUGGUCAUAAUAUUCUGCAGCACCAUCACACUCUGCCUCGUGUUUGUGCCAAAGCUCAUCACACUGAGGACCAACCCAGAUGCAGCAACACAGAACAGACGGUUCCAGUUCACUCAAAAUCAAAAGAAAGAAGAUUCUAAAACAUCCACUUCAGUCACCAGUGUGAACCAGGCCAGCACAUCUCGACUAGAAGGGCUACAAUCUGAAAAUCAUCGCCUGAGAAUGAAAAUCACAGAGCUGGAUAAAGAUUUAGAAGAAGUCACUAUGCAGCUACAAGACACGCCAGAGAAGACAACAUACAUUAAGCAAAACCACUAUCAGGAGCUCAAUGACAUCCUCAAUAUAAGGAACUUUACAGAGAGCACAGAUGGUGAAAAAGCUGUUUUAAAAAAUCACCUUGAUCAAAAUACCCAGUUACAGUGGAACACAACGGAGCCCUCACGAUCAAGCCAAGAUCCUAGAGAAGAUAUCAACUCUCCAGAACACAUACAGCGCCGGCUGUCCUUACAACUCCCCAUUCUCCACCAUGCCUAUUUACCAUCAAUAGGAGGCGUGGAUGCCAGCUGUGCCAGCCCCUGUGUGAGCCCCACUGCCAGUCCUCGGCACAGACAUGUGCAGCCACCUUUCCGAGUCAUGGUUUCGGGCCUGUAA